AUGGGGGGGGUAGACAAGCCGCCCCCGGGCGGGGGGGGCGCGGGGGGCCUGCUGGCACUGCCGCUGGAGCUGCUGCUGGAGAUCUGCGGGUACCUGGGGGCGCGGGAGGUGCGGGGGGUCCUGCCCCACGUCUGCCGGGCGCUGCGGGAGGUGGCCCGGGACGCCGUGGCCUGGCGGCUCCGUCUGCAGCGCAGUGCCCGGGGCCCCUUCCCCGUCCUGGAAGAGGAGGGGUUCGACUGGUCGGCCGCCUGCGUGGACCUGGAGGAGCACCUGCAGCGCUGGGGGGGCGGCGGGACCCCCAUGGAGCACUUCUCCCUGGACGAGGGACACUUUGCCUCCGUUGACUCUGUCCUUCUGCUGCAGGGAGGGACCCUCUGCGUUUCAGGCGCCCGCGACCGCAACGUCAACCUGUGGGACCUGCGGCAGCUGGGCCGGGCCCCUGGCAAGGUGCUGGUGAAGGCACUGGGCACCGAGCGCAACGGGACUCACAAGGGCUGGGUCUGGUGUUUGGCCUCCCAAGACAACAAGGUGUGCUCGGGCUCGUGGGACAGCACUGUGAAGCUGUGGGACCUGGAAGCCGAGGGGCAGCAGUUUGGGGAGAUCAGGGAGAAGGCAGCUGUGCUGUGCCUAUCCUACCGCCCCGACGUCCUUGUCACCGGGACGUAUGACAAGACGGUGACUGUUUACGACCCGCGAGCCGGCCAGGCUCUGGUGUGCAGCUACAAGCCCCAUGCUAGCGCCGUUCUGUCCUUGGCGGCUGAUGACCGGCUCAUCGUGUCAGGCAGCGAGGACCGGACUCUUGUUGUCUUUGACCGACGGGGCGAUGGGGUCCUUCAGCGGCUGCAGCUGGAAAACUACCUGCUCUCCAUGUCGUACCAGGGGACGCAGCUCUGGGCAGGGGACAACCACGGCCGAGUGUACGUCUUCAGGAACAGCACUGGCAGCUUCCAGCCCGCCCGGUACUUUGACGUGGGGCACCGGUUGCAGAUCACGGGGCUCUGGCACUCGCUGGGGUCCCUCUAUACCACGUCCACCGACAGGACGCUGCGGAUACACGUCCCUACAGACCCUCCCCGCACCAUUUGCUCCUGGACGCAUGACGACGUGCUUAAUGGGAUCAGCGUGGAGGGCGACGUGGUGGCAGCUGCCUCGGGAGGCCUCUCGGUCGAGGUGUGGAGGCUCCGGACCUGACAUGCCGCUAUGGCCACAUGCUCACACUCUCACACUGCCUGGGAAGCGGGGCUGGGGGGGCU